AUGCAGGCCGCCAGGGUGAAGAUGCCUGGUGUGGCAGGUAGAACUGCUGUACCAGCUAACUUCACGCCUGGACUUCACCAUCACUUAAUACCAGAAGCAUGGUUGGGUGUGCGCCACUUGCAAGCGCUGAUGCUGUUCCUGGCUAUGGUUUUUGCGUUUGGGAUGCGCGUCAACAUGAGUAUGGCUAUUGUCGCGAUGACUGACCCUGAUGACGAAAAUUCGUUCGAGUGGAGCAGUCAGCGGCAGGGCGUCAUCCUGUCCUCCUUCUUCUGGGGCUACGUGAUCCUGCAGAUCCCGGGCGGCGAGCUGGCGGCCAGGGUCGGCAGCAAGCUCCUCUUCACCAUCUGUGUCGGCGUCAAUUCUGCAAUAUCUCUACUGAUUCCUAUAAGUGCUGGAUUUGGUGGAUGGCAAUGGGUGUGCGCUUGCCGAGUGUUACAAGGAUUGACACAAGGAUUUCUUUAUCCAUCGAUGCAUAAUAUAAUCGGAAAAUGGAUACCACUAGAAGAAAAGAGCAGCUUAGGAACAUUUAUUUACGCUGGCCAAAGGGGAAGAUCUUCCUCCGAGCUGGGUGAUGGUAGGUCGGGGGCCGCGGCCCAACUGAUGUUGGUCGGGCAUCGUAUAUAUGGAGAGUUAGCUUCCGAAUUUCAUUUGCGCGAUGUAGGCUUCCAUACUAUUAUGAUCGCAGUGCAGAACGGUGUUAUGUCUGCACUGCCAUACUUAGCUAUGUACCUGAUGGGCUUUCCUCUGGGUUUCGCUGCCGACUAUGUUUUAAAGAAGAAAUGGCUGAGCAUCACGGCAUGUAGAAAAAUAUCGAAUUCCAUAGGUCAAUGGGGUCCAGCUCUUGCUCUCAUUGGGCUAUCGUAUGCGCCCGCUGACACAACUAUAGCAGUGGCCAUUUUGACUAUAGUUGUCGGCCUAAAUGCUGGACAUUAUACAGGAUACAUGUUGGUCCAUAUCGACAUGUCGCCGAACUUCGCCGGCCCCCUGAUGGGCAUCACCAACUGUAUCGCCAACGUUGUGUCCAUGAUCGCGCCCCUCACGGCUGGACUUAUUUUAACCGAUCAGACAGACCAAAGCCAGUGGAGAACGGUGUUCUACGUAUCAUCUGCAAUAUACGGCGUUGGCAAUCUAAUCUUUGUCAUCUUUGGCACCAGCAAGGUGCAAGAUUGGAACGAACCCAAUUCAAACCAGAGCAAAGGAUAUAUAACACAGAAGAAAUCGGAGACCGUAUGA